ACAAUAUUAUUAACCCACCACAAAUGUAUUUUUAGAUUUCUAGGAAUCUAUUGUGCUUUAAAUGAAUUUUUGUUCAAAUACAUCUGAUUUUCUAGGGAUCGAACUCUGGCAUUUGACUUAAAAGUUGAAUAAUUACACUUGUUUAAAAAAUACUUAAUAUCCAUGUAUCCGAAGCGAUCUAACCGAGUAGGAAAUAUUUUUUAUGGUAAGCUCAUGACUGCACUUGUCAUAGUUGUCAUAGACACGUCAGUUAUAGUACAAGAUAGGUAAAUACUUAAAUCUGAAAAGCUAAAUGUUAUUUCUAAGUGAGAUAAUACAAUAAUGUCUCUGAAAAUGAGUUCUGUAGCGUUACUCGCUUAUUUUACUUUAAACUUGAUUUAUUGUAACGCCGAAUUUAGUACCGAAGAUUGUGCUUCACUUGGAUUUAUUAAAGCAAAUUUGUUAUGUUCAUCCUGUGAUCCAUUAAAAGACUUCGGCUUAGAACAACUAGUAGCGCAUUGCAAGGAAUGUUGUCAUCAAGAUGACAAGACGCCUCAUGAAAAGAAAUACGCUCGCGCAAUAUUAGAAGUUUGCACUUGCAAGUUCCCGGCGUAUCCUCAGAUUCAAGCAUUUGUAAAGAGUGACAGACCUGCUAAGUUCCCUAACCUUCAGAUCAAGUAUGUAAGGGGCUUGGAUCCAAUCAUCAAAUUGUUGGAUAAGGACGGUAUUGUCAAGGAUACAGUAGCCAUUGAAAAAUGGAACACAGAUUCAGUAGAAGAAUUUUUAAACACUCAUCUUGAUAAAGAGGAAGAUGAUGAAAGAGACUAUUUGAAAACUAAUCAAAUUUAAAUAAACUCGUGUCUUACUAAUAAAUGUAUUUUUAAGUG